UUGAAUUUAUUAUUAUACCUGUUUUGGUGAAGGGAUUCAUUAUGAUAUAUCGUAUCACCCAAAGAUUCCUAAGACCUGUGCUUAUUUAUUUAAGGACUGAAAGAUUGGUUUGUCUGUUCAUUCUUUAUCGCUAGUCUUUCCCAGAGCUGUAAAUUAGAGCAGGAAUGAUGGUGCAGGGUGAUGAUGAUGAAAGGUCAAAACGAGAAAUUGACAUCGAUCGAUGGCUUCCGAUUAGUUCAUCCAGAAACGCAAAAUGGUGGUACAGUGCAUUCCACAAUGUCACAGCUAUGGUGGGAGCUGGUGUUCUCAGCCUUCCUUAUGCCAUGUCGCACCUAGGAUGGGGACCGGGUGUGGCUGUGUUGAUCAUAUCAUGGGCAGUGACUCUAUACACUUUAUGGCAGAUGGUUGAGAUGCAUGAAAUGAUACCUGGGAAGCGCUUUGAUAGAUACCAUGAGUUAGGACAGCAAGCCUUUGGAGAAAAGCUUGGGCUUUGGAUUGUAGUGCCCCAACAGGUAGUGGUUGAAGUCGGAGUGGACAUUGUCUACAUGGUGACAGGGGGGAAAUCACUCAAGAAAGUGCAUGACUUGGUCUGUAAAGACUGCAAAGAUAUGAAGCUCACGUACUUCGUUAUGAUUUUUGCCUCUGUUCACUUCGUCCUUGCCCACCUCCCCAACUUCAACUCCAUUUCGGGUGUGUCUUUAGCUGCAGCCAUCAUGUCACUGAGUUACUCUACUAUUGCCUGGGGGACUGCCGUCAGCAAAGGCGUGCAACCAGAUGUCAGUUAUGGCUCUGUAGCUACUACCGCAUCAGGGUCAGUUUUCAGCUUCUUCAGUGCCUUGGGAGAUGUGGCAUUUGCAUAUGCAGGCCACAAUGUCGUGCUGGAGAUUCAGGCCACCAUCCCUUCGACCCCCGGGAAGCCUUCCAAGGGUCCUAUGUGGAGGGGAGUUCUAGUAGCGUACCUAGUUGUUGCUAUUUGCUACUUCCCGGUUGCUCUUAUAGGGUAUUGGAUGUUUGGAAAUGCAGUGGAGGACAAUAUUCUCAUCUCCCUCGAGAAACCUACUUGGCUCAUAGCAGUGGCUAAUAUGUUUGUCGUGGUGCAUGUGAUUGGUAGCUAUCAGAUAUAUGCAAUGCCAAUUUUUGACAUGGUAGAGACAUUCCUUGUCAAGAAACUAAUGUUUCGGCCGAGUUGGUACCUGCGCUUCAUUGUUAGGAACACUUAUGUGGCACUCACCAUGUUCAUUGCUAUUUGCAUCCCUUUCUUUGGAGGGCUUCUUGGAUUCUUUGGAGGAUUUGCUUUCGCCCCAACAACAUACUUUCUCCCUUGCAUCAUGUGGCUUAUUAUCUACAGACCAAAGAAGUUCAGUCUCUCUUGGUUCAUCAACUGGAUUUGCAUUAUACUUGGAGUAGCUUUAAUGAUUUUGGCGCCUAUUGGAGCACUAAGAGCUAUAGUGUUGGAGGCCAAGAGCUACAAGUUCUUCUCUUAAACUGAAUGAAUUGUGUUCGAAAGGAUUUAGACGGUUAAAAAAGAACUCGAUUGGCUGUCCCAGCAAGUGUUUCCUGAAUUCCUACAUUAUUAGUUUCUUAAGAAAUGCAUAUGUGCUCAACCCCAGCAUUAGUGCAUUUUGGUUGCAUUAAUCAAAUCAGAUGAUAAGUAGACGUUCUCAAUAGCUAGCAAAACGUGUAUUAACAUAAAACUUAUAAGCAAACAAGUGGAUUUUCAUUGCUACGCC